AUGUCUCUAGAAGGGAAGAUCGCUAUUGUCACUGGGGGUGCGAGAGGAAUAGGAGCAGGCAUCGUCCGCAGCUUAAGCAAAGAAGGCGCAAAAGUCGCCUUCAACUAUGUCUCGUCAUCGUCAAAUGCCGCUGCAGAUAGCCUAGUCGACGAACUCCGCCGAGCCAACAGGGAAGUCGUUUCAAUCCAGGCCAAUGUGACAGACGCAUCGCGCCCGAAUGCUAUUAUCCAAGCUACCCUAGCCGCAUUCAAAACAGAUCAUAUCGACAUCCUAGUCAACAACGCCGGACUCGGCGACAACAGACCGCUCGAAGAAGUAACGUUAGAAGUCUAUACGAGACUGAUGGAUGUGAACGUCAAGGCGGUCAUCUUCAUGACCCAAGCCGUGCUGCCAUUCACUCGUCGAGGAGGGCGUAUCAUCAACCUAUCGUCCAUCUCAGCCCGGGGCGGCUAUCCUACGCAAUCUGUAUACGCAGCCAGUAAAGCCGCCGUCGAGGCCUGA